ACUUCGGUUUCACACAUGUCUGGCAACACAAACCCAAAAGUGAGUGGGUGGCGCGGGGUGGGUCGAUUCGAAUUCUCGAAAGCACCUUCUUCAAGGAGCAGCAGGCUCAUACAAAAAGUGAGCACAAAACCCCACCUCACAACAGCAACAACAAUGGAUGAGGAGGGUAUUGAGAAGCCAGGUAAGAGGAAAAGAAAUGCUGCCAUAGCCAAACCAAAUGAGCAGCGUCAACAUUCAUCUAAAAAACAAGUAGUAGCUGACAUUGAAGACCUGUUCUCUGACAAAGAAACCCAGAAAAUCAGAGCCUCAUUGCUUGACUGGUACGACCACAACCAAAGAGACCUUCCUUGGAGAAGAAUAACACAAACAAAAGAAACCCCAUUUAAAGAAGAAGAAGAAGAAGAAGAAAGGAGGGCGUAUGGGGUGUGGGUAUCUGAAGUUAUGUUGCAGCAGACCAGAGUUCAGACUGUGAUUGAUUACUUCAAUCGAUGGAUGUUAAAAUGGCCCACUCUACACCAUCUGGCCCAGGCUUCUCUUGAGGAAGUGAAUGAGAUGUGGGCUGGUUUAGGGUAUUAUAGGAGAGCACGGUUUCUGUUGGAGGGAGCCAAGAUGAUUGUAGCUGGCGGAGAUGGAUUUCCUAAAAUUGUUUCUUCCCUACGGAAGGUUCCCGGAAUAGGAGACUAUACAGCUGGUGCAAUUGCCUCAAUAGCAUUCAAAGAAGUGGUGCCAGUGGUUGAUGGGAAUGUAAUAAGGGUACUUGCUAGGUUGAAGGCAAUUUCGGCUAAUCCAAAAGACAAGGUGACAGUCAAGAAAUUUUGGAAGCUAGCAGCUCAACUAGUUGAUCCUCAUCGUCCUGGGGAUUUCAAUCAGUCUCUGAUGGAACUUGGUGCAACCUUAUGCACUCCAGUGAACCCAAGCUGUUCUUCAUGUCCUGUUUCAGGCCAAUGCCGUGCGCUUACAAUCUCCAAGCUGGAUAAGUUAGUUCUGAUUACAGAUUAUCCUGCUAAGAGCAUAAAGUUAAAGCAAAGACAUGAAUUUUCUGCUGUUUGUGCUGUGGAGAUAACUGGAAGGCAAGAUCUAAUUGAGGGAGACCAAUCCAGUAGUGUAUUUCUCCUCGUAAAGAGGCCAGAUGAAGGUUUGCUUGCUGGACUGUGGGAGUUCCCAUCUGUCAUGCUGGGAAAAGAAGCCGACUUGACCAGAAGGAGAAAGGAAAUGAAUCGCUUUCUGAAAAAAUCAUUUAGACUUGACCCACAGAAGACCUGUAGCGUACUUCUGAGGGAAGAUAUUGGAGAAUUUAUUCACAUUUUCACUCACAUUCGGCUUAAGGUUUAUGUAGAACUGUUGAUAGUACAUCUUAAAGGUGACAUGAGUGACUUGUUUAGUAAGCAAAGCGGAGAAAAUAUGACCUGGAAAUGUGUGGAUCGUGAGGCCCUUUCAAGCUUGGGAUUAACAUCUGGAGUGAGAAAGGCCUGCACUAUGGUUCAAAAGUUUAAGCAGAAAAGUUUGUCCACUGUUUCUGCUGCAUCAAGAAAAAGAACCAACUCAAAGAAACCUGGAUCAUCCUGAACUGGAACAUGCUGCAGUGGAUUGGUUGGUAAAGAUCAUCGGUAUUGUACUAAAUCAGUGGAAAAGGUUUUCUUCAUGCCUGUGAAUAGACUCCAAGAUUUAUUUUUUAUUGGCUUCCAGAUAUAUCUAGCCACGUAUUAGUAUUGAUGGAGUAAGAUGCAUGCUUAGAAAUAUUUUGACAUUAGAUUAUGAUGCUCCAAAUGUUUGCUUCAGCAUAAGCAACAUCUUCUGCCUACUUUUUUGUAUACAAAGCAGCGCAAUGCUUCCAGGCUUUUAAGUUGUAAUGCGGAUUUUAUUUAUUAACAAUGAAAUUCAUUGAAAUGA